UUGAAUUAUGGCGCUCCAUGUUCAAUAAUAUUUUACCCAAUUAAAGGAUUUGAUCUUGGACGUUCUUUUAUAUCAAUACAUUCGUUAAUUGGUCUAUUUAUGACAACAAAAGAUUACCACUGGUCUAAUAGGUAGUAAUCUGAAGUGAAACAGCAUUUUGUAUUAGUAUCACAAAAGUUGUGUAUACAGUUGUCUUGGAAGGGCGUUGUAUCUGUUUCGAAAAUGGACUUCAAAAUGCAUGAAUACACGCACGUUGUGGUUGGUAAAGUGACACCGGCAUUGCGGGUAACAGACAGAGCUGAUCUUAAUGACGCGCGACGGCAACAUGAUUGCUUCCUUAGACUUCUUAGGGAACUCAAUUUGGAAGUGGUAGAAGUUGAUUUGGGAUAUUCAUUUCCUGAAAAUGUAGUUCUAGAACAUAUAGCCGUCGUUUGUCACGGCAUUGCACUGCUUAUGAAACCAACUACUAGCAUGGAAGAUGACAUGCUAAAAAUACUCAAAGAUGUUAUGCAAAAAGAUCUAGGACAAACAGUGAUUGAAUUGUCCGAUCCCUAUGCCAAAGUCAAUGGUUCUGAUGUUAUAUUCACAGGUCGUGAAUUUUUCGUGGGUAUUUCGGAUACAAGCAAUGAAGCUGGAGCAAGUGCUAUUGCAGAAGCAUUUCCAGAAUUUCCUUGCACCCCUAUAAAGAUGUCGAAAGGUGCACGACAUCUAAAGAGUUAUAUCACUGUGGCAGGACCCGAUAUUCUCUGCGUAGGUGCCAGCAAAGAGGCACAAGAAUUGUUGAAAAGAAUGGAAAGGGAAGCAACUUUCUCUUACCAAACCCUUACAGUUCCAGAAGAUGAAGCUGCAAAUUGUCUCUAUGUCAAUGGGACACUUAUUCACAGGGCUAUUGAAGAAAUACCCGAUUCAUUUAAGGCCUUUUGUGAGAAGAUUGAUUUUGCCAGACGAUCCAUUUGUUUUUCGGAACUGGCUAAGAUGUCCACUGGUCUUAGUGCAUGUGCUCUGCCUGUUAGGAAGACUUAAACCUCUGGUAUGUUAUUCUCUAACAGAAUUUAGGUCUGCGGAUAAUGUUUGUGCCUGAGAAUUUUCUGAAUAUUAUUGCAUUGGCUAAAUAUUGUAUUAUUGUUGGAGUAAAAUGUUUAUCUACAAGCUUUAUGGGCGCUUUUGCCUUGUUAUAUUAACUAAGCGGCAUAAGUCUAAAAUAACAACUAGAGGAAUUAAAAUACAGAAUUUUUUAUGUUUAAAGUAUAGAAGAAACUGCAAUAAAUAAUUAGUAUUAAAAGUUUAUUCAAUAUAAGUAUUGUUAAUCUCUAUUUAUUUUAGUCAAGGUCAAAAUAUCUUACACAUGCAUUUUUAGUACUUAUUCAACAUUUUCAUUGAUUUUAUGAUGUUCCACAGUGUUGCCAUAAAAAUAAUAAAAUGUAAUGCAAUGAUGUAAAAGCAAAUACACACCAGUCUAAGAUAAUUUAAUUUUUUAUCUAAGUAAAGCAAAUCUUAGCUAGUUGAAUAAGCUAUAAUUUGGUAUUUAUAGUUUAAACAAAUAUAAGUUGGACCGAAGCAUAUUUACUUAUACAGCUCAUAUUCAACAUGCUUUUAAAUACCGACAAUAAUCUUUAGAAAUCUCUAGGCACCAAAUAAAAUGCUUUUGAAAUUUUCUUAACAUAUAAUAUCAGUUUCUUUAAUGUAGUGAAUAUUAUACUUAACUUUAUAACAUAUUUAUAUUUAAAUAGACGAAACUUCCAUUUACCCAGACUCAAUAAUAUAUUAAAUAGUAAAUGAAUAAAUAGUAGAGCUCUCAUUAAAUAGAUUAGCAGUAUUUGACAAUAAAUUGAUACUGACUUGAUUUUACAUAUAUAUUAUAGCCGCAAAAAUAUGUUACAAUAGAUAUAUAGAUCCUUUGAUAAAUACCUUAGGUAUGACGUCAUAAAAUUAAAUUAUGUUUAGUUUAAAAUACUGUUUUGCAAAUAUAUUGUUUGAUAAAGUCAUCUGACCCAGUCAUAACUCAAACUAAGUGUAGGUUGUAUUCUUCAAUUGAAUCACAAAUAUACUAUUAUACUUCAGGUUUUAUUGUAUUGAGUGUUAUUGUUGAUAUUUGAUGGGUAUACACACUUAUCGCUGCGGGGGCGCGUAAAAUGUGCGAAUAAAUUUUAGGGCCGUUAAAAAGCGCUGUUUAGGCGCGAACACUAAGUUAUGACAGCUCACUAGCGCUCUCCUGACAAUGUCAAAAAAGUGUCAGAUAUCUGAGAUAUUUUCUGACACAUCUGACAGCUUCUUACUGGGCCAGAUACUUUUAUCGAACUAUUUGUGGUAUUUCAUUCUAUGCUAAAUCCAAGAAAAUAUUAAAACAACAAUAUUUACCUCAUAGAUCCUAGUUGAUACACAAAUUACCCAUUCCCUAAGUUACAAGACUGAUUUCCAUAGGAUAAAAUAAAGUAUUUCUUCUAUCUAAACAUAGCCUUUCUAUAGAUUGUGGUAGAUUGUUAUUUAUGCAAUUCAAUAUUUACAUUCCAUGUAUUUUAAUUAGCUGAGUAAACAUUCCUUGUAAUAUUUCAGUAUUAUUAAUGAAGGUUCUUAUUCCUUUUUUAUUUAUAAUCUACUUAUUAUGAUUAUUUAUUUUUGUAAUUUAAGAAUUUCUGUAUACUCUCACAUAAUAUGUCCUAUUGUCAGCUAAAACACAUACAAAAGUAAACUUUAUUACUUUCAAUGUUUAUUGCAAGUGUUUUUGCAGUGGACACAGACAAAAUUUUUUUCUUAAACUUUUGAGUUUCAAUCAUUUUUUUAUGUC